AUGAACGACGGUGGUCAUGCGCACGGCAUGUCGUCGGCGGCGCCACCUCCCACGGCGAUGCGCCGCCGCCACAUGAUGAUGCACAUGACGUUCUUCUGGGGCGAGAACGCGGAGAUCCUGUUCGAUGGGUGGCCGGGCUACGGCCAUCCGGGGAUGUACGCGCUCGCCCUGGCGGUGGUCUUUCUCCUCGCCGUCGCCGCAGAGUGGCUGUCCCACUGCAGGAUCCUCAGGCGAAGGUCCGCGGCCGCCGCCGUCGCCGCCCAGACGGCGAUGUACGCCGUCAGGGUCGGGCUGGUCUACCUCGUGAUGCUCGCCGUCAUGUCGUUCAACGCCGGGGUGUUCGUGGCCGCCGUUGCCGGCCACGCUGUCGGGUUUUUCUUCUUCGGGAGCAGGGCUUUUGCAAAGCCGGCGGCGGAGGGCGGCGCCGGGAAGACGGCGCCUGAUCUGCCGCCUGUGAGUUGUUAA